AUGCAUUCUUUGAAUUCAAAUUUAGAAGAAUUAUCAGAAAAACUAUUAAUUAGAUCGCAAGAAGCUAUACUACAGCUGGAUCUUUGGAUACUAAGGCAACAACAACAACAUAAUGAUCACAGGUUUGGAACUGCAACAGAUACGGGGAAUAAAACUAAAGAUUCAAACGAAGCAUUGAAUGCACUUAGGAGCACUUAUGAUCUUUACAUGUCCCAACUAAAUUCAUUGUAUGUGAGAUCAGAGUUCAUUAGAGACAAAUUGAACUCUGAAAAAAAUAACGUCAACAAGUUCAACUUGGAUCACAGAAAUAUAGAAGAGUUAGUCUUUGAGUUUCAAAAUAUAAGAGAAAAGUUGAAUCAACUAGCUGCUUCAAGUAAACUAGAUAAACACUCUCCGCCGAAAACAUCAACUAGGAGUAGUUCAAUGGAAUCAAUGAACUUAAAACCAUUAAAAGUAGUAGCAAAACAUGAGAAGAGAAUGUCAAAAGAAUUGGAAUUAAAAAAUAAAGAGAAAUCUGUAACGUUUGGAAAGGAAACUAGAAUAAGUUUGACGACAAAUGGAAUUGGUGGAAAACUAAUGAUAAAAGAUGAUAGUGAUGCAUCUCCUCAACUUAUCGACAAGAAGUAUAAAGUUUUACGAAAUGCUAUAUCCUAUGAUACUGGAUUAAAUUCAAAAUCUAAAUCAAAUAAAAGAAGUAAUCGUGAAUAUCGAAAAAAAAAUGAUGCCGCAUAUGAUUCUUUAUUUAAAAAUAAACAAAGAUUUUCAAUUUCAUUAUUUGAAGACUAUGUAGACACAACUACCAACACUAAUUACAAUGAAUUCAAUCCAACAGUAGACGCUAGCAUAAACACUGAAUUGAUAGAAAAUAAUUCCGAUCAAGAAACCGUAAUUUCAUCCAGUCAUCUUCCAUGCAUAACCAAUGAACCAUUAGACGAUUACAUACUCUCGAAUUCCAUUCAAUUAGAUAAAAAUAACAACUCAGGAAAUAAUGAAGGAAAGAAAAGCCACUUGAGGAGGUGUAAUUCACAUGAGAGUAUACUGUCAACGAAACUUGAAAAUACUUUUUAUAAAAAUGUAGGCUCUAAUUUCUAUGACCGAUUCAUAUUUUCAUCAUUUUACAGACCUACAGUUGCAUCUGUUUCGACUACAUCAACAAAUAUUGAACCUUUCUUAUCUGAUGGUAAAAAUGAGAGUCCUAAUAAAAAUUUACAACUCCCGCUAACUUCUUCAACUAGAGGCGUAACUUCUAGAGAAUUGUUAAGUAAGUUUGCCGAUAAGCCAGAACAAUUAAAGGCACCCACUACUUCAAAUUCAAAUAGCAGUAAAUAUUUUUUUGAGAAUUGGGGUUUGUUCUCAUCAAUGUCUAGUUCAUCAACUUUUCAUCGAAAAAACACCAGUGGUUCUAAUAUAAUCAGCUCAGAAGUGGGAAAAAAAUUAUGUGAUAGAUCCACUGGAAUAAAAGUGACAUCAAUAAAUACCCAAAAUGCAUAUACUUUCCCAUUUAUUAGAAGUAAUUCUCAUGAUAUCACAAAACAGAACAUAACAAACCCCAUUAUAAAGGAAAGAGUCUCUUACAAUGAACUACAUGAUGCGUUAAAUACUGAAAUUAAAUUACUUUUCUAA